UGUGGUCAUUCUCAUUCACAAUAGUGUGAAUAGUAAGUGAAAGAGGACAAGAACGGUUUUGCAGAGCUACCAGCUUUAACAAUCCACUUGUUGAUGCCAUAAAUCUCUAAUCCUCAAACAUCAAGUUCAUCUCUAACAGUAGCACACUUCUCCAUCACCAGCAUUGCCAGGCCAAGACAAAGGUCUCAACAAACUUCCUGAUCAACAUUAAUCUCUCCACACUGGCAGAAACCCAACGAGGAGCUUAUAUAAACCCUUCUUCCUUACAGCAUGCACCAACUCAGGCAUAUACUAGCCAAGAAUGGGCAAGGCACUAUUCUUGUUCGCGGCAGUGAUGGCAAUGGCCUUGGGGCAAGGUAAGGGCAUCCCCUUCAGUGAGGAGGAUCUCGCGACGGAGGAGAACCUAUGGGACUUGUAUGAGAGAUGGCAGAGUCACCAUGGUGUGGCUCGAAGCCACUACGAGAAGCACUUGCGCUUCGAUGUCUUCAAGGAGAAUGCCAAGUAUAUACAUGAGUCCAACAAGAUGGAGAAGGGCUAUACCCUGAGCUUAAAUAAGUUUGGAGACAUGACAAGGGACGAGUUCAGGAGCACCUAUGCUGGAUCGAGGAUUGACCGCCAUAGCUUGUUCAGAGAAAGCAGAACGGGCAAGGGGAGCUUCAUGUAUGAGAAUGUAACUGACCUCCCUAGUGCCGUUGAUUGGAGGCAGAAGGGCGCGGUCACCGGCAUCAAGGAUCAAGGCAAAUGUGGGAGUUGCUGGGCCUUCUCGACUGUGGUUUCAGUAGAGGGGAUAAACCAGAUUAAAACUAAUAAACUCGUAUCCUUAUCGGAGCAAGAACUUGUCGAUUGUGACACUAACACUAAUAAAGGAUGCAACGGAGGUCUAAUGGGUGAUGCAUUCAACUUCAUCAAAACAAAUGGUGGAAUAACCACCGAGGAAGCUUACCCUUACGCAGCUAAACAAAACAAAUGUAACCUUCAAAAGGAAAAUUCUCACAUUGUUGUGAUCGAUGGGCAUGAGGAUGUUCCCAUCAACGAUGAGGAAGCUUUGAUGAAAGCUGUGGCAAAUCAACCUGUAUCAGUUGCUAUAGAAGCAGGGGGUGGCAAAGAGUUCCAGUUCUACUCUCAAGGUGUCUUCGCAGGGAAUUGCGGAACCAAUUUAGACCAUGGAGUUGCUAUCGUAGGGUAUGGAACAUCUCCCGAUGGGACGAAGUAUUGGAUAGUGAAGAACUCAUGGGGGAUAGAGUGGGGUGAGCAAGGGUAUAUAAGGAUGAAUAGAGGGAUCUCGGCAAAGGAGGGGCUAUGUGGCAUUGCCAUGCGAGCAUCUUAUCCUACAAAGUCAUCUCCCAACCCAAUUUAACUACAACUGCAAGUCUAAUGAUCUUUGAAGAUGUAUGCAGAUGCCUAAGAAGAAAUUUAGCUGCUAGUUUAUAAGUUUGCUACAUCCAAAACUUUGGAUUCUUUAGGAUUGCAACAUCUUGGUGCAAGCAACUGUAUUAAUACUUUAAAUAAGACAGAAUGGGAUGAUAAUGUAAUGUCUUUUUGAUAAUUUAACGAGGAUUGAACUGUCUACUUCUACUUCAUCUUUCUGGGCUACACUAUUUUUGUUUCUUUUCUGAAGUAUGGAAUUACAGAAGUGUUGUUGGAAGCUGAUGCAUGUACGAAAAUCCAAGAGGAGAAUGAAUAUGAAUAGUAAAAAUUCUGC